GGAUUGACCUGUUGAGUGUUGACCGGAGACCACCCCCAAGCUACCUCCCAAAAAUAACUAAAAUAUUUAUAUAUUCUGAUUUUUACUAAACGAAACUUUAAUUGGAUGAUCCAUUGUUUUCGGGCGACAAAUAAUUAAUUUUGGUGAUAACUCAGCUAGCGCCGGGUUACGUUAUGCGAUGGGCUAACCCCAAAUAAAAAGUACAGUGUAUCCGUAGUAGCUAGCCUAGGCCCAAGGAGGUAACUCUAACCGACAGCACUGGCACAGAGUGGGGGCGAGAGCGGCGGGGGAUGCGAACUCCUGAAUAUUUUAUUUGUUCUACUAUUUUUGUGACAGAAUUCGUGCCGUUGUCUUUUAGCUAGUUUGAUAGAGCAAAUGAAGGGCUGCAUCGACAUAAACAGAGAGAGAGAACCGGUGAUCAAGUAUUUUUUUGUUAUCCAACCGUCCGCUCUUUCCGUCGCCCCCCGGCCCGUGCCAGCCCGAGCGCUCCGACUCUCACGGGGCAAAGAUACGGGCACAAAACGGGGCACGGACAGCUCUCUCUGCCCACUCCGUCUGGCCGUUCUACCGCUGUUCAGGCCUCUGGUCUUCCCUUGGCGGACACGGACGAGACUCUCCCGCUACCCUUCGAUACCCGGUGGUGCUGGGCUAGAGCGUUAUGGCUCAGACGCUACAGAUGGCGAUCCCUAACUUUGGCAACAACGUGUUGGAGUGUCUCAAUGAGCAGCGUCUCCAGGGGCUCUACUGCGACGUCUCCGUGGUUGUCAAGGGACACGCCUUCAAGGCGCACCGGGCGGUCCUGGCGGCCAGUAGCUCCUACUUCCGGGACCUGUUCAACGCUGGGGGGAAGAGCAGUGUGGUGGAGCUCCCCCCGGCCGUCCAGCCCCAGAGCUUCCAGCAGAUCCUGGCCUUCUGCUACACAGGUCGCCUCAGCAUGAACGUAGGGGACCAGUUCCUCCUCAUGUACACCGCAGGCUUCCUGCAGAUCCAGCAGAUCAUGGAGAAGGGCACCGAGUUCUUCCUUAAGGUCUCCUCCCCUAGCUGUGACUCCCAGGGUCUUCAUGCAGAAGAGACUCCGCCCUCCGAGCCCCAGAGCCCUGUCACUCAAACCGCAGGGGGAGGGGCUGGGGUGGUUUCCACGGCAGCAUGUAGGCCCACCUCCUGCCUGACACCCCUCCCCCUGGUGUCGAGGGUGAAGACGGAGCAGAGCGGGACUACGCCACAACCCACACCACAGCAGCAGGAGGCCACUUCCUACUCGGUGGUGUGCAGCCCUGUCGCCAAGCGCCUGUGGGAGGGGGGCAACCGCGGUGACGGGGGAGGGGGGUCGGGAGGAGGAGGGGGGUCCAGGAAAGCCGCCCGCUACUCUUCCUCCUCCGCCUCCUCAAACAACUGCAACUCCCAAGAUGCAACGGGCAGAAACGUUGUUAACCAUAACAACAACAACAACAGUAACCAUAACAGCAGCAGCGUGGGGACGCCGGACGGAACGAGUCCGGGGACGCUGAGCAUGUACACCAGCGACUCGCCCCUUAGUUACCACGAUGACGAGGAGGAAGAGGAAGUGACCGACGACAGCGCUGAAGAGCAGUACAGGCAGAUCUGUAACAUGUACACAAUGUACAGUAUGCUCAAUGUGGGCGCCACAGUAGCGGGCGAGCGCGUGGAGUCCCUACCGGAGCACCUCACGGCCGAGACCCGGGGCGGCAGGGGGGUGAGGCUACGCCAGGAUCUGGCUUCGCUACCUGCCGAACUCAUCACCCAGAUAGGUAACCGGUGCCACCCACGGCUGUACGAGGAGGGGGACCCUGCAGAGAGGCUGGAGCUGGUGACGGGUACCUCCGUGUUCAUCUCCCGCGCCCAACUCAUGAACUGUCACGUCAGCGCCGGCACGCGGCACAAAGUCCUACUGAGGAGGCUGCUGGCCUCUUUCUUCGACAGGAGUACUCUAGCGAACAGCUGUGGGACGGGGAUCCGCUCUUCUACAAACGACCCCAGCCGCAAGCCCCUGGACAGCAGAGUACUGCACGCCGUCAAGUUUUACUGCCAGAACUUUGCGCCGAGCUUCAAGGAGAGUGAGAUGAACGCCAUCGCGGCUGACAUGUGCACUAAUGCCCGCCGGGUCGUCAGGAAGUCCUGGAUCCCGAAGCUCAAGCUCCUCAUGGCCGAGGGUGACGCCUACUCCGCUUUCCUCCAAUCAGACGCCAUCAAGAUGGAGGCUGACGCCCUGGGGGCGGAGCAUGGGUUCGACCCCAACUCCCUGGCAGAAGAGGCGGCGGCAGCAGCCAAUAGCGAUGCGGGACCUUCUUCGGGGGAGGGGUUACAAGGCGUUGUGGGCGGAGACGGCAGCACUUUGUUUUAAAGUGAGUGGGCUUAUUGUGAUCUUAUUGGUCGAUGGUCUUUGAUCAUUGCUCUCGGCGAUACUUCCUCCCCCAGUUUUAGUUUGUUUUUUAAUGUCACUUUUCCAUAUCUUAUUCUCUUCCCUCAAUACUUGGAAUUUCAUUUAUUAUAUCCAUCUGUUACAUCCCUUGUUCUCUCUCUCUCGCCGUCCCAGACCCAUGUACAUAGUGUCUGACCCCUUUUGGGCGGGAGAGAGUGGAGGGAUAGAGGUGUAGAAAGAAAGACUGGGGAGGUUUGUCAUGUACGGGGGGGUUAACCUAGAAAUAUUCCCUGAUCCCCAUUGUAGAAUCUUUUCUUGUUUUAAUGUUUUAAUGUUUGUAUUCUGGUUGGCGAAGGUCCUUUCUCCUUUCCAUAUCGCUGAAACACAUUCCCUAGGAGGGGGGCCUUUUGGGUUGGAUGGGGGCCUUUUGGGUUGGAUGGGGGCCUUUUGGGUUGGAUGGGGGCCUUUUGGGUUGGAUGGGGUAGUAAUGGGGGGGGGGUCUCCUCUAGACGGUCUAAUAACACUGUUUUGAUAAUGAAUGUAUCGGUCGUGAAGCGUUGUCAAGUCACCUGUAUGUAUUGUCUGUGGACAGUAGAUUGUAAUGGAUUGAUUUGAUUAGAUUGUAUUCAUCAGUUUAUAUAGAGACUCUGGAAGUCCAACUGAAGGCUAUUUUAAGGGGAGGGGGUUCAUAUUUGUGGGGGGGUACGUAAAGGCUUAAUGGUUGAAGUAGGUGUAUGUAUUCUGUAUAUUGGCAGGACUUUUGGACCCCCUCCCCCUCCUAACCCUCUUCCCCCCCUUGACCCUGAAAGUGACCAUUUAGAGGGCAGUUUUCAUUCCUACUUUUCAUUUGUGACUCUUAUCGUUUUUUUUCUCUCUGCGUGUGCAACAUUUGACUUGUUGCCAAGACUCCCUGAAAAGCAGAGGAGAUGUGUUACUGAAGGAGGUUGAACAGUUGGUGACUGGAUGAGGAAGAAGUUGCUCUGAUCUCGUAUUCAUGUUGAUGAUGCAGUAUGAUUUCCUAUACGUCUACUGAAUUCUGUGUGGAGAGAGAGAGGGAGGAGUAAGGGACCGUUUUAAAAUCAUGUCACAGCUCACGCCCAUAUUCACAUUCCGAAGGAAAGUGACAUUUGUUGUCUCUCACUAUUAAGCAAGUAAUAACUGAAUAAUGUACUUGUCUUGCACUAUAAUACUAUAAUACAAGUCUUAUCCAAAUACUAGAAUCGUCUCCAUUUGACCAAGCGUGAAGCUGUGGGCUAGGGUGUAGGGGCUAGGGUGUAGAGGCAUUAGAUGUGUGUACUGUGUAGUGUACACAGGGUUGACCCAUUCUGUAUUUGGUUUCGUUAUGGACUGAGGGAGGGUUGGUGUAUCCUGCUAAGAGGCAUUCAUGACACACACACACGGAUUAAAGUACCCUAGAGGACUAAUCCCUAUACAUCCUGGGCGGAUACAAUGGUGCAAAUUAAAGUAAUACGACACACACACACACUAUGCGUGUCAGUGUGUGGAUGGUGACAGAAGUGUGUGUUGUCACAUGUGACAGAGAGUGAGAACCCAGACGGAGUGUGCUCACACACGCUUGGCUGACUCAUUCAUCCAUCUCUCUCUCUCACACACACACACACACACUCCGGUGCACCCAGACUGAUCCAGCCGCAGCACACUGCCAGCCUAUAAACAUCCCUGUAAAGCUCUGUUGAACACACCUUGUGAGAAACUACAGAGAGGAGAUGGACCUUGACAAGCCAUGAAUAACGACCAACUGUCAUUCUAGCUACAGCUCAUCAGUGAUUGGAUGAAAGAUGACUAUGGCAGUUCCCAUCUAUCACAGUACCAGUAGGGAGCCAAUGACACCACCGCCAGUAUCCCAUCAUACAGUAGAAUCAUGGCGUGUCAAGGAGGAAGGACCCGUUGCCCCUAAACGCUGAUCUAUGGUCAUGUUUGCGUUUUCCCGCUAGUUGUCAAGGUUUGGGGAGGGCAAGCUGAUCCUAGAUCUGUACUCGGAGCAGAAGUGAGCAUAGACAGGCUAGUGCUAUAGAGACAGUUGUUAGUGAUAGCCUGGUCCCAGGUCUGUUUGUAGGAUCUUGCCGCCACCUUGUAACUCGUGACAAUUCCAUAAGGAGUUGACAAGGGAGUAGAAACAGACUGGCACCUUGUAAUGCAGUUGGUGUCGGCGCCGGCGGGGGCUCUGUUGUGAUUGUCAGGCUUGGUCUGUUGUGUCACUGCACUGUUACUGUGGUGAUCUGCUGUGUGUUUGGGGUAGAAACACACACUAAAAUACACACGCACACUAAAACACACACACACGCACACUAAAACACACGCACACACACAGGCACACUAAAACACACUCACACACUAAAACACACACACACACUGCUUUGGAGUUGAGGGUUAAUCAAUCGUAACACUUCCCCCACACUCUGACUGUGAACCUAAACAGACCGAGUGUAGAACAAACAACUGUAAAAUAAACCUGGGUAAAAUAUAGGCUUAACAUUGUCAUCGUAACUCCCCCUUUCAACCAACCAACCAAAAGAAAGAAAGCCUUCGAGUUGUUUUUAUAUCUGGAAACUACCGUUGUUUUUUUUUUUAGAUCAGAGUUAUCUAAGUGUCUGCUUUUAGGCCUGGCUUUUAAAACGGGCCGUAUGUUGUUUACGUUUGUAGUUUAUUUUUAUAUAUAUAUAUUGAGGUUUUAGAGUGUUUCUAUAAAAAGGCUAACUGUCAAAGAAGAGCCCAGGUUUUAAAAGUGUAACGGGCAGGCACUACUAGAGCUUCCAUUUGGCCUGGACGGGUGGGUGGCGGGGAGGUCUGGAGCCCACCCCUCCUUUUGUUAACCACAUGGUAUGAUCCUUGGGGACUUCACCAAGUUCUAUCACUGACAGAGAGAAGUGAGUAGGAUGAGAAAUUUGCACUUUUUUUAAUGCAUUUGUCAAGCACUGCCUUAAAGGGAAAAAAGAGUGAGUGGCAGAACAGAGAGACAGGGAGGACAGUCUGUCUCUGGGAGGGGGGAGGACAG